AUGUCGCCACAGUUGGGAUGCGCGUCGUCUACACCAUCGCAGCUUCAGUUGGAAGCAAACGCUAUAAUCAAUAGUGGAUGGUGGAAUCUGUCGCACUCGGAUUCAAAUCAUAUCUGUUCAUUGAUUGAUGGUAUAAGUUGCAAUGAUGCUAGAAGUGUAACCGGUAUCACAUAUCUGUAUACCAAGCGACGGAUUCAAUUAGCAACUCUAAACCUUUCCGCUUUCAAGAAUUUAGAAACUCUUGAGGUCUGUUACUCUAGUCUAGAAGGGACUAUCCCACCUGAAAUUGGCAGUAUUUCUAAACUAAGUCGUCUUCGUUUGUCUCACAAUUCUCUUCAAGGUAAAAUACCUUUCACAUUAGAAAAUCUUUUCAACCUCACUUAUCUUGAUUUAUCUUAUAAUUAUCUUCAUGGUAAAAUACCUACCACCAUAGGAAGUUUUUCCAAACUCAUUCAUCUUGAUUUAUCCUUUAAUUUUCUUUGGGGUGAAAUAUCUCACAUAAAAAAUAUUUUCAAACUCACUCAUCUUUAUUUGUCCAAUAAUUCUCUUCAAGGUAAAAUACCUUUCACAGUAGAAAAUCUUCCUAAUCUCACGUAUGUUGAUUUGUCCCAUAAUUACUUUCAUGGAGAAAUCCCUAUUGCAACAGGAAAUUUUUCCAAACUCAUAUAUCUUGAUUUAUCUUUCAAUUCUCUUCAAGGUAAAAUACCUAUCACCAUAGGAAGUUUUUCCAAACUCACUCAUCUUAAAUUGUCUCACAAUUCUAUUUUUGGUGAGAUACCUCCUACAAUAGGAUAUCUUUCCAAACUCACUCAUCUUGAAUUGUCCCACAAUUCUAUUUUUGGUGAGAUACCUCCUACAAUAGGAAAUCUUUCCAAACUCACUCAUCUUGAUUUGUCCCACAAUUAUAUUCAUGGAGAAAUACCUCCUACAAUGGGAAAUCUUUCCAAACUCACUUAUCUUGAUUUGUUUGACAAUUCUCUCCAAGGUGAAACACCACUCACAGUUGGAAAUCUUUCCAAACUUACUUAUCUUGAUUUGUCAUACAAUUCUCUUCAAGGUAAAACACCUCUUAUGGUAGGAAAUCUGUCUAAACUCACUUAUCUUAAUUUAUCCUACAAUUCUCUUGAAGGUGAAAUACCUUCAAGUGUAGGAAAUCUUUCUACACUCACUUAUCUUGAUUUGUCCCACAAUUCUCUUAAUGGGAAGAUGCCUCCUACCAUAGGAAAUCUUGUAGGACUUACUUUUCUUUAUUUAUCCCAUAAUUCUAUUCAUGGGGAAAUACCUCCUACAAUAGGAAAUUUAACCCAAUUAAGUAGCCUAAUCAUCUCUAACAACUACAUUCAGGGGCCUAUCCCUUUUGAAUUGUCAUUCCUGGUAAAUCUCAAUUUUGUAGAUGUAUCUUACAACAAAAUCAAUGGAACCUUGCCCAUUUCCCUUUCAAACCUUAGGAACCUUCAACAUCUUGAUAUUUCACACAAUCAACUUGCUGGUUCUCUAAAACCCUUCACAGUUCAAUAUUUGUCACUCUUAAAAAGUUUGGAUCUAAGCUUCAAUAAUUUUCAGGGUCCUAUUCCAGAUGGUUUACAUCCAUCUGUGCUAGUGGGGAACGAGGGAGUAUGCAGCAACAUUUCGGAUAUCCAAACCAUUUACAAAUUCAAACCUUGUUCAAUCCAAGCCAAGAAACUAAAGCAUAAUCAGUUGGUCAUAGCUAUUUUUAUCACCAUUUUUCUAAUAAUGACCUUCUUGCUGCUUCUACAUUUGAGGAAAAAUCAAAUGGAAAUCAAGAACAAACAUGCAAGAAUAACUGAAACACCUAAGAAUGGAGACUAUUUUUGCAUAUGGAACUAUGACGAACGAAUAGCCUAUGAAGACAUCGUUGCAGUAACUGAAGACUUUGACCUCAACUAUUGUAUUGGAACAGGUGCCUACGGGAGUGUUUAUAGGGCUCAACUUCCAAGUGGCAAGAUUGUCGCGGUGAAAAAACUUCAUGGUUUUGAAGCAAAGGUCCCCAAAUUUGAUGAAAGUUUCAGAAACGAAGCCAAAGUAUUGUCGGAAAUAAAGCAUCGACAUAUCAUCAAGCUUCAUGGAUUUUGCUUUCACAAAAGAGUCAUGUUUUUGAUUUAUGAGUACAUGGAGAAAGGAAGCUUGUCUUCUACCUUGUUUGAUGACAUGGAAGCAAUUAACUUGGAUUGGAGGAAGAGGGUUAACAUAGUGAAAGGCACUGCACAUGCUCUUUCAUAUCUCCAUCAUGAUUGUGCCCCUCCUAUAGUGCAUAGAGACAUAUCAGCAAGCAACGUCUUGCUUAACUCUAAAUGGGAGCCCACUGUUUCUGAUUUUGGAACAGCCCGUUUUCUCAACCUUAAUUCAUCCAAUCGAACUAUAGUUGCUGGAACCAUUGGAUACAUAGCACCUGAGCUUGCCUAUACAAUGGAUGUUAAUGAAAAGUGUGAUGUGUAUAGCUUUGGAGUGGUGGCGCUGGAAACUUUGAUGGGAAAACAUCCUAAGGAAAUACUCUCAUCACUUCAAUCAAAUUGUAUUGAUGAUGCCAUCAAAUUAGGAGAAAUAUUGGACCAACGCCUCUCACCCCCAUCAUUUUCAAUUUUGCAAGAUAUAGUUGCUGUUGCCAUUGUGGCUUUUGUGUGCUUAAAUCUCAACCCUUGCUCUCGCCCAACAAUGAAAUGUAUCUCUCAAUGUUUUCUCGGUCAGCUCACACCAUUCAACAUUCCUUUACGUGAUAUUUCAUUGCAACAACUCAUGAGUCAAGAACUUAGGCAUUGUUUAAAAUUAUGAUCUUUCUGAAAUCUUUUAAUGGAAAAUUAAAUUGUAACAACUUUCUAUAAAUAUUAUGUGGUUGUUUA